AUGAGCCGCAAACGCAUGCGCGCGGCGGACAUUCACUACUGGCUGCUGAAGUCAGAGCCUCAAAAGUUCUCCAUCGACGACUUGGCGAAGCAGAAAACCUCUCCGUGGGAUGGCGUGCGCAACUACGCUGCGCGGAACAACAUGUGUGCAAUGUCAGUCGGCGACAAGGUCCUCUUCUAUCACAGCAACACAAAGGAACCGGGAGUUGCUGGCCUCGCUGAGGUAGUUCGGUUAGCGUACGACGAUUUCACCGCACUGGACAAGACGUCGGAGUACUUUGACCCAAGAGCCACGAAGGAGAAAAACCCAUGGAAGAUGGUGGAUGUGAAGUUUGUGGCAAAGUGGGACACCGUCUUGACCCUGCAUGAGCUGAAGUCGCGCAGGGAGCUGCAGAAGAUGGCUCUCUUUACACAAUCACGCCUGAGCGUGCAGCCGGUGAGCGCAUCGGAGUACGCGUACAUCUUGCGCAUGAAUGAAGAACAGUAG